AUGUCCUCUCGAGCUAUAACUAUAGUAUCCUCUGGAAGGACCACAGGGCUGGACCACAAUGGUUUGAGGAUGCACAGCACUCAGCUCUCCUCACAGCCCAAAUUCCCACUAGAAGAUGACAGGGAGUCCGGCAUCGGCUCCACCCUUGACCUGACCAGCAGCUUUGAGGGAUACCGCCAACAUACCAAUCACCAGUCCAACAAACCUUCACUCGAGGAGGCAGACAGACUCCCUAAAGAGAAAGGUGCCUCUCAACAAACCUCAGUAGAAAGUUCGAACAGGAUUAAGCAAGUCAUUAUCAAUCUAUCCAAGAUCCCUCUCCUCUUCAUCCUCCUCUUCUUUUUUGUUUGCUCCUUGGACACUCUGAGCUCGGCCUUCCAAUUAGCAGGGGGUAAAGUAGCAGGGGACAUUUUCCAGGACAAUGCGGUGCUGUCUAACCCUGUGGCGGGGCUGGUGGUGGGGAUCUUGGUUACUGUGCUGGUUCAGAGCUCAUCCACUUCCACUUCCAUCGUCGUCAGUCUAGUGGCCUCUGGACUGUUGGAAGUGAGGUCAGCUGUCCCAGUCAUCAUGGGAUCCAAUAUUGGGACUUCAGUCACGAACACCAUCGUCGCCAUGAUGCAAGCCGCAGAGAGGACUGAGUUUCAACGUGCUUUUGCCGGGGCAACAAUCCAUGACUGUUUCAACUGGCUGUCAGUCCUGGUUCUGUUGCCGCUGGAGGUGGUGAGUGGCCUCAUGACCCGGCUGUCGCACCUGCUUGUCACCAGCUUCAGUCUCCAACCUGGGGAAGAGGCACCUGAGCUGCUCAAGGUCCUAACUGAACCAGUCACCAAGCUAAUCAUACAGCUCGACAAGUGUGUGAUCACGGGGCUCGCCUUGGGAAAUGAGGACAUGAGGAACAGGAGCCUGGUGAAAGAAUGGUGCCAGACUGACCUCGUUAUGGCAAAUAGAAAUAUGAGCACUAGUCCUGAAAGCUGUAGCCCCAACCAUGACCAUUUGCAAAGAUGUACACAUUUGUUUGUGUCUACCCAGCUGUCAGACCUGACCGUGGGUCUGAUUCUCCUGGCAGGCUCCCUGGUCAUCCUCUGCACCUGUCUGCUGCUUAUGGUCAAGCUGCUGAACUCUCUUCUCAAAGGCCAAGUAGCGAAGGCCAUCCAGACAGUCAUCAACACAGACCUGCCAUAUCCGUUUGGGUGGCUGGCAGGAUACGUGGCUAUGUUUGUGGGUGCAGGGGUGACAUUUGUGGUCCAGAGUAGCUCUGUAUUCACUUCAGCAAUGACUCCACUGGUAGGUAUUGGUGUGAUCAGUCUGGAGCGGGCCUAUCCUCUCACCAUUGGGUCCAACAUCGGUACAACUGCCACAGCCCUGCUGGCAGCUCUAGCGAGUCCAGGGAACAAGCUGGCUGCUGCUAUACAAAUCGCCCUCUGUCACCUCUUCUUUAACGUCUUUGGCAUUCUGCUGUGGUAUCCUCUUCCCUUCACACGUCUGCCCAUAAGUAUGGCUCGUGUCCUGGGUGAGCGCACUGCCAAGUACCGCUGGUUUGCAGUUCUGUAUCUUCUCCUUUGCUUCUUGCUGCUGCCCUCGUUGGUGCUGGGUCUUUCGCUGGCUGGCUGGAGGGUGAUGGCCGGGGUCGGGGCUCCUUUCCUGGGCGUGAUCAUCUUUAUUGCCAUGAUAAAUUUAAUGCAGGCUCACAGCCCCCGUCACCUGCCAACCAAGCUCCAGACCUGGGAUUUCCUCCCUCAGUGGAUGCGCUCUCUCAAACCGCUUGACCGCCUGAUCACCAAGGCAACUGUGUGCUGCAGCUUUUCAUGUGAGGAGGGGAAGGGAGAGGAAGAAGAGGACAUGUCAGCACAGACAUCCUCUAUUGACCCAAAGAUGGAGUCAGCCCAGAGGAAGGUAGAGCUGGCAUAUGAUAACCCAGUCCUUGAGUACCUGGAUGAGCAAAGACCAGGUGUUCGGGUAAUAAAGUUAAAAGGGUUAGAGAGGUGCAACAGCACUCCACUGUAG